UGAAAAGCCGGGGCAUUGCAAUGCAUUCCCUUAAACCUGGACCUUCACUUCCCGCGCGUGGCAUUCUCAUUGCAAUACAGACCUUGCAAUCAAGAACGCCGCAAUACUCAUCAUAAUAACAAUACCUCGCUCUCGUUGACCUCAACUCUUUCUUUUUUUUUAAUUUAAUGAAAGUAUCAUAAAUUAUUAUUAUUAUUAUUUUAUACUGACUUUAUUUUUUUCUAAGAUUUUAAUUUAAUUUUUUUCUACUGAGGUUUUUUUUAAACGUGUUGCCAGUCAAGAAAUUUGGCUCUUUUGAUCUGAUCCGUUGAAGAAGACUUAAUAUUAACGGUUCAUCCAAAAAGGAAGAAACAUCUCUGAUCUGAAGCUUUAUAGAUCCUUCGGUUGAUUGAUUGAUUGAGGCAAGGCAAGUCCAGCCACCAAGGACAAAAGAUCAGGAGGAACAGCAACACCACCACCACCCAAGCAUCCCCCAUCCUUGCUUAGUUUGGUACCUAAAAGGGACAUCCCCGAUCCCAUCAUGACCAAAGCUGAAAUGGGGAAGCUCAACACCACCCCAGAUGAGGACAGCAGCAGCUACAGCUCGAACAGCAACGACUUCAACUACCCCUACCCCACCAAGCAGGCUGCUCUGAAGAGCCAUUAUGUAGACAUGGAUCCAGAAAACCAAAACUUUUUACUUGAAAGCAAUCCAGGAAAGAAGAAAUAUGAAACUGAAUAUCAACCAGGUACUACUUCCUUUGGAAUGUCAGUAUUUAACCUGAGCAAUGCGAUUGUGGGCAGUGGCAUCCUUGGACUGUCUUAUGCCAUGGCAAACACUGGAAUUGCUCUCUUUGUAAUUCUCCUAAUAUUUGUGUCGCUGUUUUCUUUGUAUUCCGUUCACCUUCUUCUGAAGACUGCCAAUGAAGGAGGAUCUUUGUUAUAUGAACAACUGGGAAUGAAGGCAUUUGGCAUGGCUGGGAAGUUAGCAGCCUCUGGAUCAAUUACAAUGCAGAACAUCGGAGCUAUGUCAAGCUACCUCUACAUAGUGAAAUAUGAAUUACCAUUGGUCAUCAAAGCAUUUAUGAACAUAGAAGAGAACACAGGGCAGUGGUAUAUCAAUGGUGACUACUUGGUCAUAUUGGUAUCUUUGGUGCUGAUUCUACCUUUAUCACUACUGAAAAAUUUAGGUUAUCUGGGCUACACCAGUGGAUUUUCCUUGUUGUGCAUGGUCUUCUUUCUCAUUGUCGUCAUUUGCAAGAAAUUUCAGAUUCCUUGUGGGCUGGAACAUGACUUGAUUAAUGCAACUCUGAAUGCCACACAAGAACACCUGUCAACUGUUUCACCUUUUCACGGAACUGAUGUCAAUGUAACGAAUGAUGAUGCGUGCACACCAAAGUAUUUCAUCUUCAAUUCACAGACUGUCUAUGCUGUACCAAUCCUGACGUUUUCCUUUGUCUGCCAUCCUGCUAUUCUUCCUAUUUAUGAAGAACUGAAAGGCCGAAGCCGCAGAAGAAUGAUGAAGGUAUCCAAUGUUUCAUUUUUUGCCAUGUUCCUCAUGUACCUUCUGGCUGCUCUCUUCGGCUACUUGACAUUUUAUGGCCAUGUUGAGCCAGAAUUGCUGCAUACAUACUCUGCAGUCCUGGGAACUGAUGUUCUUCUCUUGAUUGUACGUCUGGCUGUUCUGAUGGCUGUGACUCUUACUGUGCCAGUUGUGAUUUUUCCAAUCCGCAGCUCCAUCACACAGCUGUUGUGUUCAGGGAAGGAAUUCAGCUGGCUGCGCCAUUGUGCUAUUACCUUUGUCCUUUUGGUAUUCACCAACAUCCUUGUGAUCUUCGUCCCCACAAUCCGAGAUAUAUUUGGAUUCAUCGGUGCCUCUGCUGCUGCCAUGCUGAUCUUUAUACUUCCAUCUGCUUUCUACAUCAAGCUAGUGAAGAAAGAGCCAAUGAAGUCCGUACAGAAGAUUGGGGCUCUUCUUUUCCUGCUCAGUGGCAUAUUUGUGAUGACUGGAAGUAUGACCUUGAUCAUUCUGGAUUGGACAAGCAAUGCUGCUUCUGAUGGGCAUUAACUAUCUGCUUUUAAGGACAGUGUUCAUGCACCAUCUACUGACAGGACUUCUUAUCCGCGUUUGCCGUUCUGCUUCCUUUGAAAUGCAGAUUCUUUGAUGCUAGUUCUUCUGAUGGUAGAAUAGGUGAACUUUUUGACAAAGAAACUAUUCUACACGAUGGGAAUGGAUCCUAACAUCAAACCACCUGAAUCGUUGGCUGAGGGAAGUGACUAUUUAUUCCAUUCCAGAGAAUGGACAGCUUUCUCUGUAAAAAAUAUUAUCAAGCCGUUUGGCUUUUCUCAUUGUUACUUGGAAAUUUUAUUAUUUACUUGAAUGUGCCUAAUGGAAACAAUUGAUGUGAGAAAUGUUAGUUUACAGCAGGGGUGGCUAAGCUAACCAUUGAAAGUGUGAGAGAAAAAAACACGAUUAUUUUUGUACCAAAAAUUUUAUGGACCUCAAAAGCACUAUUUUGACUUUAAGAAAAAAUGUUUUUGUAAGUUGAUGAUCCAAAUAAGGUUAGAAAGAAAUCAGUAAACAGUUUAAUCAGUGUUCCAAAUUCAACAUGUGUUAAGGCAUAUCCUUAAAAUAAUAUUUUUGGCCACAAAAAUAUUUUUAAAACUUAUUAUGCUGAAGAUUAACUAAUUUGAAAGAGUCAAAACCAUAACUGGGUUUCAUGUAUAAUUUAGUUAUUGUGAAACCAAACAAAUAUUUAUUGAGAUUCCAUGGUACUAUACCUAACCCAAUCAAUCUAAACUACCGUGUUCUAUUUCUACUUACUAAACUUAAUCAUAAUUUUUGUAAAAAAAAUCCACUAAAAUGGCUAUGAUGUGUAAACCAAUAUGUAUGAUGUAGUAAAUAUAGCAUCCUACCCCAUUAGUGGUACACUCAAGCAAGCCUCUUGAAAUGAACGAAGGCUACGUAGGAGGAAUAUUUGACAAAUUAGUGAUUGGCAUUUUUCUUCUUGAGGCUUAAUAGUGCGUUUAGAUUUUUUAAAAAGAAAAGUGUAGGUAUUUUUUCCCAUUCAGUUGCUGUUACAUGUAAAAUCACACUGAAGUCAUCAGCUAUUAAAGCAGAAUCCCCUUAUCAAUAGCCAAUGGCUUAGCUUUAUGUUUUGAAGCGAGUAAAAGUGAGGUCCUAUUAUAGUUUACUGACAGUACAGUAUUCUCUGGCUGCAUAAUACUUCUCAAUUUCACCUUUCCAUCCAUUAUUAGAAUUUUAAAAUUUUAUCAUUUGUUCGUCUUGGAACAGAUGAUUGCAUACAAAUACACCAGGCACUGGUGUACAUGGCAAAAAUUAUCUUCAUAAGGCAACUGGUAUUCCUAAAUGCAACUGAUAUUUACAGCAGUCUUUUUUUU